AUGACUUAUCGAGGUUAUAAGUUAACUUACCGAACUUGUAACUUCAGCAAGUUCGCUGGGCCCUACUUGCAGGUGCCGUGGGAGCCGGCUUGGACACUGCGCCUGGCAGCAGUGCUCAGUCAGUUGGGUGCUCAAGGAGCCAACUUGCGCUUGGCCAGCGGCUUGAGCAACGCGCUGCUCCAGGCUGCAGGGAAAUGCAGGUGCCAAGGCUUCGCAAAUCACUACGUUUUCGCGGUCUUGGUUGAGGAGCUAGAGGAGCAGUGUUCGGCUGGAGCGAUGCCUCUCUCCGAGUUGGUGCCGCUCCUCCAAGGACUUGCCAUGGCAAACGGGGGCGGCUCCGCGUACCAAAACCACCUGGGCCCUGGCAUGCUCGCCUGCCUGCGCACGGGGCUUGCGACAUCCGGCGUCGCAGCCCUCUCCACGCCGCAGCUUCUGCAGCUCCAGAGCUCGGUCGGAAAGGACGGGCCGCUUGCCGAGCUCAUCGCAGAUCUGCCGUCGCGGGUUCAGAGGAUGUCUCUACCUGAGCUGGCGGCGGCGGCGCCAGUGUUGAGUACAGAAAAUGCUGCGUGGGCACGGCUGGAGGAGCUGACACGAGUGGACUUAGACUCAGAGAGCUUUGAAAUUGCGCUGGCAGUGGCCUGCGCGCUGAAGUCUCCUCCUCUCAAAGAGCACUGCAAGAUCCUUGAGCAACUGGAAUCUGCAGCGGCCUCCGCAUCCCCAAGCUUGCAAGCGCGACUCUUGCUGCUGGCGCUUCGCGGAGCCGGGGAAUCGAAGGAAUCGAAGGCGCAGGAAGAGAUGGACACGAAGGCUCGAAGCCUUGUGGAUCGCGUACUGACAGAUGUGGGUGGGCGGUUAGCUGCAGCAGACCUCGCUGGCAUUCCCUGGAACCAUGCAGCAGAGCUGCUUCAGGCACUGGCGAGCAGUUCAGCGCAGGCACCACCGGGGCUGGUGGGUGGUUUGGUGGAGGUGAUCUUUGCCGGGGACAUGUUUGAUCGGACGCUUGGCGAACUGGCGACUGUAUUCUUCGCCUUGGCAGAGCUGGGGGCGGAUCUCGAGAAUCUCGCAACGCGUUGUGACCUGGCGGCAAAGCUCGCUUCCGCCGGCGAACUGGAGCAGGAGGCCUUGAUCCGGCUUUUCUGGGCGAUGGCCAUUGGCAAAGUCCAGGACCCGGUGGCCUGGCAGCUCUGCACGCAGCUCUGCAGGGCACACCUCGCCGAUGGCUCUUCUUUGCCGGAACCCUUGGCUCAGCUCCGCUCUGAGGCUGAGGAGGCGCGGCGCCAGCAGCUGCUGGAAGAAGAGAUGCAGCCCAAGGCCGCCAAGGCUGCAGGCCAGGCAAGGGCGGCAUUGGUGACAAGGCCCGCGGCAGGCUGGCGCCACAAAGAGGGGCAGGCUCUUACCGAGCUGAAAGUAGGCCGCAUCGUGAGUGGCAAGGUCACCAACUGCUACCGGGACAUGGUCUUCGUGGAUAUCAGCGCGGAGCAAGACGGCUGCUUCCGUUCACCCAAAGGGCAGCAGUUCCGGGUCGGCGAGACUCUGCGGAACCUGGCCAUCCGCGCAGUCGACCUCGAGAAGGGCUACGUCCACCUUUCCGCACCCAAGCCGCCCAAGACGGCCAAGCCCUCGAAGGGCAAAGCACCGGCGGGUCAAUCCCAAUCGCAGGUCUGGACAGCAUUGUCCACCAAGCCCACAUCAGGCUGGCAACACAAAGAGGGGCAGCCUCUCGCAGAAUUGGAAGUAGGUCGCAUCGUAAGCGGAAAGGUCACAAACUGUUUCCUGAACCGGGUCUGGGUGGACAUUGGGGCCGAGAAGGAUGGCUGCUUCCGUACAGCUGGGCGGCGCUUCCAAGUCGGGGAGGUGCUGCAGAACCUCCAAAUUCGAGCCGUUGACCUGGACAAGGGCUUCGUGCACAUCUCGUCACCGAGCUGUCGGAGGCCGGUGCUGAGCGUGGAGGGUGAAGGCUCUGGCUCCAACGGCUCCAGCUCUUUGAACUCACUCUCCGCCGCCCUUGGCGAGGAGCGCAGCGAGCGGCUCCGGCUCAGCGCCGAGCAGCGCCGCAUGGCAAAGCAGGCCGAGCAGCUGGAAAGUCGGCUGCAGACGGCACAAGAGCAGCUGGCGCAGGUCGCCCGCGCGCAGCAGGAGGCGGGCACGUCCUCUCCAGGAGCUGGGACGUCGAGGCUGGCAUUGCUGGCAGGCAGGUCCCGGCGGGUCUCUGGCUCCGGGUCUCGAUCGCUUGGCUCGCGGCUGAUCGGACCUAUCGAGGAGGAAGAGGAGGACGAGGAUGGGAACAAAGCAAAAGCGAAGGGAACAGCAACCCAGCUGGCGCAGCGCCGCUCUCUGAAGGGUUGGGAGGCUUCCGAGCCACCCGCAGCUCCCGAAAGCGACGGAGGCAUCUUCUCGCGGAUCCUUGGAAGGUAG